UGCGCACUGCGGCCUCGUCGCCUCAGGUUGGUCAGUUGGCGCUUGUCCGUUGAGCGGGGCGGUCGUCUGGAGGAGAGCUUGCGUUGACGCUGCGUGCGUUUUUUUAUUCCCCUCGCUCCCGUCGUAGGCGAAGAUGGCCGAUCCCGCCACCCAGUCCCCGUAUAUUUCUUCUUCUGCCGGGGGUGGCUUCUCCGAGCCGGGAGGCCGAGACCUGAAGGGGGCAGGUUCCCCCCAGUCUUGCGCUGAUACCUUUGUUUCUUCCUCUCAGCCUGUCUCUCUCUCUUCAACCUCACAAGCUGGAGUUUAUUUAACACAUUCUGGAAAUCAGAGGGAAACCAACAGCAAAUCAACCCCCUCAAAUGUGCAACAGGAAGUCUUGGGAGGACAAAGACAAGGCAGUGUCCAAGGGAGCAAUGAAGGUUCAAGAAUAGAGACCAUUUCUGUAGGAUCUCCUUACGUAAUGGAAUUACCCUUUUCUGUUGGAUCCAAAGUUCAUACCCAUGGCCCCGUGAUGGAAACUACUUCUCUGGAGGAGAGUGUGUUCAAGGGAGUUGGUCCUCUGAAGGGUAAGACUGAUCUGAAUGGAUGCAACCAAGAAAAAGAACGAGCUUCAAAUGGAGAAUCCAAAUUUGCACUAUUAACCAACCCAGAAGGUGAACUUGAGCAGGCUCCCUCUGAGAUCAUAAAUUCACAUUCCAUAGCAUCUUCUGGGGUAGCUGUUGAGGCACCAGUGGAAAAAGAUUCUCCUGAAUCUCCAUUUGAGGUCAUUGCUGACAAACUGGAAUUUGAUAAGGAAUUCAAAGAUGUCCUCACAAGCAACUCCAAGGACAUCAGUAGCAACUGGGUGAUACACAGUGAAAGGGAGCUGUUGACAGACAUUCCAGAGGAUAGCAUCUGUGAGUUCCAGGCAAAGCCUCGCGGCAGUGGCAGGAUUCCCUCAGGACCAGGGCUCUCCCGCCAGUCUUCGGGCACGACUGCGGCCCUGGAGGAAGUCUCCAAAUGUGUCCGUGAAAUGCAUAGCUUCACAAAUGAACUGCUUAACUGGGAUUUGAUUCCCAAGGAUCUUGAUGACAAGGCUGAUGACUUUAUCAACUCAGGCUUUAAGGCCUCACCCACCGAAACUAGUGGUGUUGUUCCGGGACCAACGGUUAGCCCUAGCAGUAUGGAAGCCAGCAAGGCUUCUGCUCCUCAUCAACUUCUGACAAUCAGCCUCCACCAAAAAGGCAAGCCUUCUCUAAAAGUAGAAGAGACUCAAGCCAUUGUUAGUCAGGGAGUAGCUGUAGUGAAAAGUGCUCCUCCAGUAGCUAUACAGAUGAAGACCGACGUUUCUUGGCCAAAUCCAGGCUUGCUGGAAACAACUGAUGCUGAUAGCUCUGGGGAGUCUGACGACACAGUCAUAGAGGAUGCUCCAGCAGAUCUUGCAUUCCUGAAUAAGAAUUCUGUUGAGAAUUGCCGGGCAUUGCCCAAACCCACUGGCUCUUCCGAAACAGAAAUUGUAUAUAUAGGUGAUGGAGAGACAUCUGAUGAGCUCCAGAAGUCCAGCAGAAAAGGCCAAAUGGCUUCCCAGGCCCUGGAAUGCCACGAGAGAUCCACUGAUGACUUCAAAGCAGUCCAGGCUGAGACUGAUGCUGUUAGGGGGGGACCAUCUCCUGCCCCCCAGCCCUCCAAAGAACCCAGUCCAGAGACACCUUCCAAAGCCAGGCAGGUAUUAGAUGCUUGUGAACUGGAGUUGCCAAGGAAGACUCCCAAAACAGAAGAUUCCCCAAGAAGUAUCACUUUGGGCAGCCUCAAAGAGAUGGUGCGCCCGGAUGGGCUGAGCAGAGAGAGUUUUAUGGACUUCACGAAGGAGUGCUUAAAAUCCAAGGGGGGUGAAUCUCCUGUAGACCCCGUUGAGAUGUUCUCAGAGGCAGAGCUGAAGGCUGCUCGUUCCCAAGGGAUGGCGUCCUAUUUCCAGCAGCCACCCCAGGCAAAGCAAGAUUUUGAGCAUGAGCAACUCACGAUCACAGCACUCAAAGAGGCGGGUAGGAAAGCUGAGAUGGAGAGACCGGCGGCCACCCUGUUCUCUCCCCCCAGAGGGGGGCAUUCUGGACAGCACUGUGAGAUCCUGCCUGAUGCUGCAGCGUCUGCUCCUAAGUCCGCCUUGGAGAAGAGACCCCUCUGCCUUGGGCAGGCAAUCGAUGUGAAGCUGGUUCCUGCCAGUGUCGGUCUUGGGAAAACCUCCCAGAUCCUUCCUCCUGAGCCUUCUGUACCACAUGCCAUUACAAAAUUACUGGCUGAAUUCUCAGUGCGAGAUCUGAUCUUCUGGCGGGAUGUGAAGAAGACGGGGGCCGUCUUCAGCACGACCCUGAUCCUGCUGCUCUCCCUGGCCGCUUUCAGCGUCAUCAGCGUCGUCUCGUACCUCGUCCUGGCCCUCCUCUCCGUCACCAUCUGCUUCCGGGUCUACAAGUCCGUCAUCCAAGCUGUACAAAAAUCCGAAGAAGGCCAUCCCUUCAAAGCCUAUCUGGACAAGGACAUUACGCUCUCCUCCGAGACCUUCCACAACUACGUCAGCUCUGCCAUGGUGCACGUCAACCACAUCCUGAAAGCUGUCCUGCGCCUUUUCCUGGUGGAGGAUUUGGUGGAUUCGCUGAAGCUCGCAGUCGUCAUGUGGCUGAUGACGUACGUCGGGGCCAUUUUUAAUGGGAUCACCCUCCUCAUCCUUGGGGAAUUGCUGGUUUUCAGCGUCCCAGUCGUUUAUGAGAAAUACAAGACUCAGAUCGACCAUUAUGUCGGGAUCAUCCGGGAUCGAGUCAAGUCUGCCGUUACAAAGAUCCAGGCGAAGCUGCCCGGCACCAUGAAGAAAAAGGCCGAAUAACCUUUGCCAGGAACUAGGACCCAGCCAUUAACAAAAUCCACACCAACAAAAAAAUAUCCCCCUUGUGUCAUGGCUAUAAUCACUGUUACUCGUACCUAUGAAGGAACUUGCCAAGUCAGCUUGA